UGUCAAUUGAGUAAAAUUAAUCAAGUGAUUUUUGUGUUUUUUGUAUAUAUUUUGUGGAUGACUAAAAUUUAAUUUAUUUUAAUACAAGAACGCUGUUUUUAGAAGGCCUUGAAAAUCAUGGUGAAAUGCGCAAGUAAUAGAAGUGAUAAGACAAAGAUUGUAUAUGAAAAUUCUUUCGACACUCUCAAAACUAAUUCAAAAACAUUGUCAGAAUGGUCACAGUAUUGCACGAAAGGUAUAACAACGCAGUUCAAAAAACAGACAGCUUACAGUCAUUACUAUGAAGAUAAUGGUAAACUCAAAAGAGACUUGAGCAUUGAAACAGAUAUAUGUAUUCUCAGAUCGUAUUAUAGAAAUAAUAGAAAGAGACAUUGCAUUAUAAAUACAAUUUCAACAAGAUCAAAUAAUACAAUUAAUGAUUCACAAAACAAAAGUAUUGGAAAGCUGGAGGAUGCCAGUGCUUGCGGUGAUAAUUUCCUUGAAAAUCAUUUGAACAUAGAUAUAACAAACAUGGUGGUUGAAAAUCUUAAGAAAUUAUUAAAUGAAUGGAUAAAAAGAUAUUUACUCGACAAAAAGAACACAAAACAAGAAAUUGAAACGGUUCUUGACUCCAUUCUUCAUCAAGUAAAUUUAACAAAAUCAUCAUCGUCUUACACGUCAUGUACUUUAGACGUGGAGAUAUUAAGUGAAACAUUAACUGAGAAUACAAAUGCCGUAGACACACAGGAAGUGUACAAUAACGCAUUUAAACACAUAAGAACAUCAUAUUUGUCCAUACCUUUAACGAAUAAGAAAUUAAAACUAGUUUCAACACUAAGUGUUCCAAAGAACUUAAGUCGUCCAAAAAGGAAAAUUAAGAAAUUGAGAAACAGGGCUAAACAUCACAAAAAUAAGAUUUAUUUUCCAAUGGAUUCAUCGGAACUGAGCAAUAUAUUCGCAAUCUCCCCAAAAGUUUUGACUGAAAAAUGUGCAACAUACAAGGAGCAAAGUGUUGAAGUUAAUAAUCACUGCACAUUUGAUUUUGAGAAGAAAUCUCAAUAUGAUAUUUAUCACGUAAAGGAUAGUAACAAAAAUUUUUAUACAGAAAUAAAUCCACUUAAAAAUGAAGAUGAUAAUGCUGAAGACUAUACAAACCUGAAGCAAAAAUACUAUGGAAAGAAUAUAGAACAUAAAGAAAUUGAUGCAUCUGAUUAUAAUAAUCAAAUGUUGAAAACUUCAAAGGUUCACCAGAAUCGUUCUGUAAAUAUGAAAAACAGCAAAAGAAAACCCCCUGAAAGCAAGGCUAGAAAAAAUAGAGCUUAUCCCUCAUUUCAGUAUGUAAAAUCAAACAAAAAAUACAGUGUCAAUACAGCUAACACACAUUCAAAAAAAUCUGAUAUUUUACAAUCCUUACAGCACAUUAUCAAAUGUAUUGAAAAAAGUAAAAACGUAAUGAAGGUAGACGUAAAGUUAAAUGUAUUCCCUAUAGUGAAAGAAGAUAAGAAAUCUAUUCCAAACCAUUCAAAAACUAAUAAAACAAAAAAUACAUCUCAUUUAUUUCAUAAAGUAGAACCAACUUUUACAUGCACAAAAUUCAAUAAAAAGCAUAAUGUUAAACGCUUACAUAAAUGUACUUCUAACAAAGUUCAUACAAAUUUUCCACUUUGUGGUUCGGGUUUCGAGAAAACAAAAUACUUGAUAAAUAGGCAAACAUCCACAAGUAAUAUUCAUGAAUAUGAAUCAAAUAUUAAAUUAAAAAAUUUCAAUAAUAGGGGUACCUGUACUUCAAAAUGUUUUGAAAUUAAAAAUGAAAUAGGUGAAAUUGGCAGCUUAAUAAAAUAUAUUAAUAAUUUAGCGAAAAACAUUCACCAAGAUUCUAUAGUUGUUGAUAAAAUUCAUAGCAAAAUAUUGUAUAUCACGCCAGUUACAUUAGAAGUGAAACAAGAAGAUGAAAACCCUCAUUGUUUCAAAACAAAAAAAAAUAUAACCAGUCCAAUAAAGUCAACGGAACCACAAUGCAAAAGCUGUAAUACGAGGACUCAUUUAAUACCAGGACAUGAACUUUCCAUGGAGCUGAGAGAUUAUAUUGAAUUUAAUUCAGAUCAAGACAAAAAAAGUACCUCGUAUCGAAUCAUUGAUAGCGAAUGUAUACUUAGAGUGACGGACAUGACCACAGUUCCAUGUGACUUCCCACGACAAAUUGCCAAUGAGGAAAUGAAAUGGUCUUUGCACAAAUCAAAAUCCUUAAUUGAAUUGACUAGCGAACAAGAUACUGGGAAUAUAUUAACGUUUUAUUGUGACGACCUAAUUCUUCCACAUCAUCAUGGCUGCAAGAUGCAAAGUGUACCAUGUUCAUCCAAAAUUUGUCAUAAUUCCACUGCCUAUCCCAUCGAUUCGUGCAUAGCUAAUACAUGUUCGUAUAACUACGUUGAGGAAUGCUAUAACACAAAAAACUCACAAUCACGCUUAAGUUGCGAAUACAAUCCAAUUAAAGAAACACUAGAAAAUCACCAUACUUGUUCUUCAGUUUGUGUAAAUAUGGAAGAUGAAAGGCUUUGCGAAAAUAAGCUUGUAUUGUGUAAACGUGAAAUGAGUUUUAAUGAAGGCUGUUUCUACUGUGUGUUGCUAUGGAUUCCAAGUUUAAUCAUAUUGUGGUUAUUGUAUGUUAAUAUUAUUAGGGACCGUAUAAAGCCAUUACAAAAUUUGGGGGAACCUAACACAGAAUUAAAUACUACACACAAUUCAAUAAUGCUCCAUGAUUUGGGUUUCUGAUAUGAAAUAAAAUUGGAUUAUAAAUUUA